UCGAAUAGCAACAAUGGCAACAGCUAUCCAAGAGACUCUGCCAACUCCUUUGGACUCCACUUCAUCACCACCUUCUAUUUUUGAUGGAACAACAAGGUUGUACACAAAUUAUCUAUGCCCAUAUGCACAGCGUGUUUGGAUUACUAGAAAUGCUAAGGGAUUGCAAGACAAGAUCACAUUGGUUGCUAUUGACCUUCAAAAUAGACCUGCUUGGUACAAGGAAAAGGUCAACCUUGCAAAUAAGGUCCCUGCCUUGGAACACAACAACAAAAUUGUAGUAGAAAGCCUUGAUUUGAUCAAAUAUAUUGACAGCAACUUUGAAGGACUUGCCCUUCUCCCUGAUGAUCUUCAAAAGAGAGAGUAUGGAGAAGAGUUGCUAACUUAUACAAACACCUUCAAUUCAUCUUUGUUUACUUCACUUAAAGAUCCGAAUGCUGAGGAAGGUGCUCCUUUUGAUCACCUAGAAAAUGCUCUAUCCAAAUUUGAUGAUGGGCCUUUCUUCCUUGGUCAAUUCAGUCAGGUGGAUAUAGCCUAUGCUCCAUUUAUUGAAAGAUUUCAACUUCUUCUACUGGAUAUGAAGAAUUAUGACAUCACAAUAGGCAGGCCACAGCUAACAGCAUGGAUUGAGGAGAUGGACAAGAUCGAGGCCUACAAACAAACCAAACGUGAUCCUGAGGAGCUAGUUACAGCUUUGAAAAGACAUCUUUCUCGUAAGCAACCUCCUUUUACUGGUAAAUGA